AUGUGUAGAUAUAUUGUAUUGCUAUAUUUCAUAUUUGAUAUAAAUAGAUAUAGAGAUAAAUAUACUGUGAAACAAAAUAUGGCAUAUGAUUUGAAGAACAAAGUGGUAGACGAUUCCGACCUUAAUGAUGAAUAUAAUGAAGAAGAAGACGAGGAUUAUGAUCCAAACAAAGUAAGUACUGUCGAUAAUAUCACUGAUGGUAAUGUUGGAGAAAUCAACGAUAGUGAAAGUGAUGAAGAAAAUGAAAAUGACUACGAAGAAAGUGACAAAAUGAAUUAUUCUUCUAUUGUUAGUGAAACUGGUGGUUUGAUUAGGACUAGACAUGCAGCUAAGUUAGAGGAAGAGGCAAGAAAGAAAUAUAAAUAUCACCAUCUUCAAGUGGAAGGUCUAUCUGCAAAGACGAACGAUAUUUGGGAAGAAUUGCAAAAUCUCAGUAAAGAGAGACUGAAUACAACUUUAUCAUCAAAGUCUGUCAUAUCAGAGAACCCAGAUAUAACUGAUUCAACUUCUGAAUUGUUGGGAGAGGAGAUGAUAUGGAUAGAAAGAUCGUAUAAAUUUGCAGACCAAGUUGUAAACGAGAAGAAACAAGUUUUGAAAUCGAGUGCUGAGGCUAAAGAAUAUCUAAACAAUUUGAAGUUUCAAAGGGAGAAAUCUGCACAAAACAAUAAAGAUGAGAUAAAAGAAAAAACUGAGAAUAAUACAGAGGUAGAUCAUAAAGACAAAGAAGGACUUAAACUUAACUUAAGGCGUCCAUUAAGAAGACCACCCAUUUUAGAACUAAUAAUAGCAGGUUCAUUGAAACCUAACUUGACCACUUUAGAGAAAUCUAAAUUGGAUUGGGUUACAUAUGUCGAUAAAGAAGGUAUCAAUGCAGAACUUUCUUUGCAUAACAAAGAUGGUUAUUUGGCAAAGCAAGAUUUCUUAAAUCGUGUUGAAGUAAAGGAUAACGAAAAAUAUAAAGAAUUCAGAAAAAAGCAGCUUGCACAGCAAUUUGAAGAUUCCAAAUAG